AUGGAAGUUCUUCACAAAAGACACGAACUGGAGGAACUGGUGAAGAACAAUCUAUUACAUUUCCAGCUAUGGUCAAACGUUCAGGUUCAGAAUGAGUACAUACCCUGGAAGGGAAUGGAACUUAGAUUGCUUACCGGGAAGCCUUCACAAAAGCUGUCCAAUGAUGACGAGAAUCUGGGGACAGAUGGAACAUUAAUGACUGAGUACAUUUUACCGAUUAAUAUGUCCCAAUAUAAGACAGAAUUCAUAACGAUUCAAUGUCUAGACAUGAUUUUUGAAAAACUAUGUCCGGAAUAUGUUAAACGGUUAGUUUUAGCUAUUGUAAGCGACGAUGGAACUACAGUAUUCUAUUUUGCAUACAAAGGAAUACAUAAACCAAAAAGAAAUUGA